ACAGUGUCGUCGUCGUCGUUGCCGGUUGAUCAAUCGAUCAACAUCCGGGCUCGCGCGGGAAGGCCCGCCCCGGCUCGCGCGUGCGCACCAGGAACGCGCCGCCGCCGCCGCCGCCGCUCGGACCACGUAUCGACCCCCAGCGCGAGCGUCCCUGGUCCCGUUAGUUUACGCGGUCACGAAGGACGAGCAGCCACCUACUUAGCCCCCGGAGAGAAAGCCAGCCGACGCCGCUGCUGCCGCCACUGCCACCGUGCCAUGUCCGAUCUCGCCGAGCGCUCUUCCGGUUAAAACGCGCGCCGCCCCAAAGAGCUAAGUACGUCUGCGUCGCGGUCGACGAGCGGCACAGACUCGCCGUCGGGACACCUCGGCCCCCUUUGACCCCUGAAGUCGCGCUAAGGCUCGCGCUUCCCGGUUUGCGCUAGACCGGCACCGCUCCGGCUUUCGGGCUGCUUGCAAAGAAGGCGGCUCGUACACACACGCCCCGUGACGCACCGUGCACGCUUCGAGUGCGCGCGCGCUUCGCUGAAGGCCGUGCACGAGAGACUGCUCUGUCGUCUGCUCGAAAAGAACGACUCAUUUCCUUUCCCCCCCUACCACCUGUGAUCCCGCAACGAUGGCCGUCGCCAGCAGUACGCAAGUAUCCCUCGUAGGAGUUGUUCUCUUCACGCUGAUGUUUGUGCACAAAGGCUGGGCCAUCUAUUGUUGGCGCUGCAACUCGGCCUACGACCCCAACUGCGCCGACCCGUUCAACAACAUCACCUCGGAUCUCGUCAACUGCGACAUGCGCGUCAAGGAUCACCUUCCUGCGGGUACCCGGGCGCAAGUGUGCCGAAAGAUCGUUCAAAAAGUGUACAGCGACUUCCGCACUGUGCGCGACUGCGGAUGGCUCAAAGACGAGAAGCAAGGCUCCGAGUGCAUGCGCCGAGCCGGCACCUUCAGCGUGCUCAUGAAGUACUGCAGCUGCGACAAGGACGGCUGCAACGGCGCCCGUCGGCCUUCGACCGCCUCCUCGUUGCUCAUGGUGGCGCCGCCGUUGCUCCUGCUGCGCCUGUUCAAGUAAAGCUGCGUCACGACGGCCCCGCACCACAAGCAGCCCACACGUCCUCCACUGCGGGACAGUGCACGUGCGCCGCGAACAGCGACCAGACCGCCGCCGCUUCGUGGCGUGGCGUGCCAGAGCAACACGUGCCAGCACGUUGCCGUGGCAUGCCAUCACGGCCUGGCGCGUCGCGGCGUCGUGUGGUGAACGACGACACGUCAGCCGCCUGCCCCACGGUGCGGCGGUGUCAACGGGAGGACUACUUGGCGGUCUCGAAGGCGUGCAACGCCACGCGGGAACGCGCUAUUUUUCGUCUGGACCCAAACGACUACGCCCCGAAGAUGUUACGGGUGGCCUCGCGGAGGCCCUUCCGACUUGGCCGGACCACGCGCGGUCAAGUGCGGGCGCGGUCUGUAGUGCGUUUCGUUGCCGGGUGUAAAUUGUCGCGAUGCUUGAGGAUGUGCGUCCUGGGGGAGGUAAAAUGCCACGCUGCACUUGGCGACGCCCCUUGUGCAAGAGAACGGGCACGGCGCUCAUCUAUAGUUGUGGAGACUGUGUACGCAUUACGCGGCUUGGCGCUUGAGCGCCCAUUGUUCUGCUUCUGUGCGUUCCUCGAUGGUUUCUUCCGGUUUUAUUUGUUGUGUUGGUGCUGUCGCUUACCAGUGACAGCUCAAAGCAAACGGAGGAUAAAUCGGAUCAAUGCAAGCAACGAACUAGUCAGGCAGGUGUCGCCCAACUUACAGGGAAUGCUGAGCUCAGAAACUAGGGUGUGCAAGCUAACGCACUGCUUUGAAGCAUCGUAAGCAGCACGUCAGAGAGUACCUUACAGCGGAGCCGUCGCACCGCGAAAAGGAAUGCAACAUCGUGAUAGGUAUCCACGAAAUCUUCAGUGUCACAUUAGUCGCUCAGCACAGGCUGCGCGAUGAUAUCAUUUGUGUUGGGUGCACAUAAGAAGUGACUGCGUCAAACUGUCGUGUUUCUCGAGACGUCCGCGCCGAAUCACGAAAUCAUAUGGACAUAAGGGCACGACGCCGUAGUGGAAGGAAUGGUCACACGAGUGCCGUCAGACAUUGGCGUUUACCAAUGGCCGAAGGACUCUUGCCCCUAUUGUAUAACAAGUAAUUAAUACCACCAGAAGAAAUCGUAAAGCGAAAUGUCCCAGAUGAACUAAAGGUUUGCGUGGAUUAUGCCAUUUCUUGUUGCACAUAUUCUAAAACACAUAUUUGGAUUUCAGUAGAGGCUUCAGGGCUACAUGCUAGGUCUCGCGGCUGGGACUAUCCGCACGAAGGGAACAAUCUUGCCUGCAAACUGCCGCUAUUUUUUUUUUCGGUGCUUCCAGUGUCAGAUAUUAAGCAUUACGGACACUGGAAACACGUUCUUGUGCUGAGACGAUAUUGGCGUCCCGGCCUUCCCCUGUUCGGUAAGCGAACAGCCCGAAUAACCGAUGUCAGUCAGAACGAACGAAUCGUUAGUGUUGAACUAUAGACUAAUGAGUUGCCACUGCUUGCAGAGAAACGAGCGUUCUUCGUCGCUUCGGUUGUCUCAGCUGGGUUGUAUUAACCUGCGAGACGACCCCAUAGUGGCAAUUAACUAUUUCUAAUGUUUAGCUCGUUACCAGUUAGAUCAUCGGUGUGGCAACCACCACAGCGCCAGCUGCGACCCAUAUUUUCAACUGAGUUGUGUUUUCAGAUGAGUUCACUAAGCAUAGGUGCAGUGAUCCGUGUUGUGCUCUCCUGAUUCGUCCUGUUGACCUCAAAUGCUCUGGCGCUGCGCGGGCGCCCUCUUGUUGAGCUCUGCCACCGACACCGUUACUGCAAGGCACAGCCUCUGCAUGUAACACACUCGCACGCUGCCAUGUAGCGAUCAAGGCUGGCUUCCCCGAACUUCGUCUGUGGCACCAAUGCGCAGCGUGCGUUGUAAGUUAAGGCAAACAACUAUUGCUUUGUGAGCGUAGCAGUUCACAUUGACACGCGUUUUGUGUAGUGGAGUCGCAUUUGUAAAACGCUUUAUUCCGCUAUGAUCGUGAGCGAAGAUCUGGGAGGUGCAAGCCUUCUAAAAGUUGUAGGGUCGCUACGAAUACUCAUGGACAGCUAGUUUCGAACUUUUGAGCAAAUGGCUCUAAUGCCCCAAUGCCACGAAGAUAAAUGAAAAGUGUUUAAGUCGUCAGAUACCCGUCAUCGGCUAUCUUAACGAAACCCUUGAUAGCCUCAUUGGACUGAACUCAAACAGUGUAUUUCAUCAAGUCACGCAAAGAGGAGUUUUCAUUGUUCAGAAAGUGUUACCGAGAUCUAGUUAUCUGGCUGCUUCUGCAGAUAUGUAUUCAUUCGUAUGUCCCAGGAAAGAGUAGAAAUACAGUAAAUUAUUAUUUUUUCUUCUUCAGAUAUUAUGACAUUUAUCGUAACAAUUGACAAAACUUGCGGGUAACACAACUUGCAGUUAGUUUGGUAGACGGAACAAACUGCGUAGAAAGGGUAGGCUGGGACCCUCAGAUCUUCCGUUGCCCACGAAUCACUCGCAGCCCGUCGAUAGUACUCCACGCUGUCACUACUCCGCUUGUACAUAGUGUGCAUAGUUUGUGGCUGUUUGCUUUUCUCAGUGUUCAUAGAACGCAGCACGUUUCUGUGUGGCAACGCAGCUCAUUGUAGAUGCAAAUGCAGAGAACUUACGCGAGCCGUUUUUCGCCAUUGUUUUAGCUCUGUUGGUUUCGAAGGCGACGGACUGUGUGGUCCGCUCCAGCUUACACUUUAUGCUCACAUCGCACUAGUGCGGCUUCAAUCAUGAUUCUGCAAAGCACAAUGAUACGUACUACGCUUAGCGUGGAUGACGCCUGUCGCGGCCUGCUACUAGAAGCCGCGAACCUGACCCCGUGUAAACGUGGGUGUACCGCGCCGUAUCUUGUAGCAUGUCAGUCCUUCGUGUGUUCCUUUGUGGUUAGUUGCUCUCUAAUAUGAAGGAGGCAAAAUGUACGCGUGUCAUAUGAAAUUAUUUAAACGAAGUCUAGUCUGCGUUCCAUUUCACGAAAAAAAAAGGGGGGAGGGUAUCUUUGUUACAUACAUUCAUGAAAAAGGCAACGAAUGCAUGCUAAUAUGCUACGUGCUGAAAACAUUAUGGUCACGUACCUGUGUUUCUGUGUUUACUGAAAGUGUUAAUUUGUGCAUCUUUCCUUCUAUGGCUCAUUUUGGUAGCGUUUGCUGAUGUAAGGGAGGAAAGGAUAACUUUAAAGAGUGUUUGAGUGGGAGAAAUUGCGCCAUACUGGCUCCUUGUAGAGGCGAACAGAAUGCGCGACACUGCUCGUAACAUUUGUUUGGAAGAGAUCUGAUGAAACUUCUGCGCCUUAGUGAAUGAAAGAGCUAGUUUUUUUCUUACUCUUUAUGUGUACUUUCAGACGUGUUGUUGGAUGCUUGCGAAAGAGAAUAUUUACCAUGCGGCAACUUAAACUCAACAAUUGUUCUUUACCUAUCGUUUCGUGAGAGCGUAUUGUCGGUUACGUUCAACACUACUGUAUGUUCAAUUUGUCUUGCGUAACGCAAGCACAAUCCUGUUUCUUUUUCUUUGCCCUAACUUUUACCAUAGACCCCUUCGGAAAUAGUGAUUUCCUUUUUGCACCACAUAUGGAAAUUCGGCUCAAACACAUUAGGCGUCAGAGAUUUACGCACUGCAUGCGACUACUGAAUACAUCAAAUGUUAUUCGAGAAAAUACGUGCGUCUGCGUAUAAUUUAUGCUGUGCGAAAAAGCCACCGUAUGAUAUUUGAAGAAUAAUUCCGCUCUCGGUAGGCAGAAAAUCGCAUGCACAACGCUUAGUCAAAGUCGAAACAUUAGCGCUCAUUUAGGCGAUCAUUUAUGAAAACGCUAGCUUUGCCUAGAAAGAAAACGAAUUGACAGACAGAUGCCUGAAACGGCACUAGCUCGUACACGAGUAACUGAAGAGGAGCACGUUGUAUGCGACACAAUAGGGUGCGUGCAGUCAUGUUUAUUCCAGCGCCAGUGAUUUUCAGGCGAGUGAGACGAUCAGCUCUGUGAUCAUUACGCCGUCGAUGGAUGUUUUCACGCUGCGGCAAAUCGCGACCUUAGGAAGAGAGCGUUGAAGAGAUCCAGGGCAUACUCUUCUUGUUGCAGGCAACGCGAUAAUGAAAGGAAAGAGAGAUUGGAGAUUUAAAGCAGGCGAGGUCACCGAUUCCUCCUCUCAUUAAUCCCCUGAGCAAGAAAGCGUGCAUCCGCGUGAGAACGCCGCGGAUGCAGGCACUUACAUAACCGCCACAUUUCGGUGAUAACGAGCGACUCUCUUUUCAUCCAGUCAAUUCGGCGCUCUGUGAGCACCUUGCGGAUUGAAAAGGCGUGGGACACUCUGUGCAAUAGUUACCGCGGUAAUAUUCAUCGUCCACAUCGCGUUCUCCCUGAAAGGCGAAUGCGUUCACCUAAUGGACGAGGCGACAGUAAUAGUAAUAAAAAAAAAUAACGCGUAAGCUAGGUCACUGAUACACUUGUCUGAAUGUGCGUAUCGUAUAGUGAACACGGGCUGUAACACUUCAUGCACGGAAUAAACGCUAAAAUAAAGUAAACGGUGCGGAACUUCCGAUGUGUAUUGGUUGUGACGUGUGAUUUUGGUAUACACCUCACUAUAGUGUACAUUCGGUGGUUGAAAUCCGUCACGCAACGAAAUGCACCACUAUGGUACUACCACGUGCGACGUAAACUUGGUGUGUAUAGUGUUCGUUCGAUGGUGAGAUGAGCGUUAAUACUAUGCGCUCGGUGAGUCCCUCGACGGCUUUCAAACUUGACGUCUUUAUUUAUUUUUUAUUUGUGUGUGUGUGUGUUCUACCAUCGGGGAGAAAACUGUCCGUGCGAGAGGAUGCGACCGAUUCAACUUAAAUGUAAUUCAGCUCAAGAAACACAAAUGAGAAGGAUACGAAAUACAAAGACGUCAAUGUUUCGGACAGCAAGAGAGACACAAGUAAUAACCCUACUUAAUCACUGCCCUGUUAUCUCCGCCUGCUUACCCAAGCAAGGUGUAUAGGCGUCUGUAGCCGUCAGGAAGAAAGUGUAAGCACUUAGCAAUAUUAUACGCCGCACAGCGCUUUUCCGGACUGCUUCACCAAAGAUGAUAGACACACACAGAGUAGGUCUGGUGAAGGUGCGAGACGCGAAAUAAUUUGAGCUUGCCUACGGGGCGUAGUCAGCCCCGUUACAAACACGCGCUUCAACGUUGAGCUGUUGUUUCGAAAUAAUUUGAGCUUGCCUACGGGGCGUAGUCAGCCCUGUUACAAACAUCGCGCUUCAACGUUGAGCUGUUGUUUCGCCACAUCAAGUAAACUGAUAGCAUGUUAGUGUGAGGCUAUAGACACUCAUCUUGAGUAGGUAUGCAGAACUUUUCUUUCUUUUUUUUUCGCUCGCUUUAAGCAUGAGACUGGAGACAGAAAAAAACAAAACAAAAAGAAAGAGAUAAGUUAACAUAGGAGAUGCGUGAAACCAAUAUAUAUAUAUAUAUAUAUAUAUAUAUAUAUAUAUAUAUAUAUAUAUAUCUGCGCCGGCUUACCGUCACUAUGCUACAAGUACGCGCAGAAGCAGCGAGCGUACAGCAUGCCAUCGUGAAUAUAUGUUCUAUACCAAGAUUUUUUAGGCGUGCGUACAUUUUUUCAUUUUUAUUUGUCUGACUGUUUUUAAACAGCUCGAAAUAUUUCAAUUGAAACCUUCCUUUUACUAACCACGCACGUACCGAACCGUUAUCGAGAAGAGUUGUAGAUUAUCACGUAGCAUCACCUCCGGACGCAGUAGAUUGGCACCGGUUACGUUGCUGGAGAUAGUUGCUGUUUCCACUGGGCAUGGACUAUACCGUAAGAGCAACAUCAGAUAGAAUAUAUCUAUCUUGCGCGCAUAAGGAGCUGGUAAUGAGCGUAAAAAGAGAGAUAAAAAAAAGAGAAAAAUAGGCAGAAUGUGCUCCUCUUUGCGCUAGAACAUUUUAGAUGUCUUUAGAAGCUAGUCGUAUCAUCUUUGGCCCACGCAAGAACCGCAGUGCGCUUUUCAGCAAACGCAAGAACGUUCUAUUUUACUUCCUCAGCCUAUGCUUAUUUGUUGUUUCAAUUCGCGACGCUGGAAAGGGUGGCACGCCCCUGUAACAUGGCAACGUGUGUUCACAUAACGAAACUGGUGGCAUUUAAAAUAAGAAAGAAACGUAAGGAAGUACAAAAAGCAACGCUUCAUUCCGUCCCAAAGUGACCUGCAUAAUGUGCUUUCUGCGCCUGAGGUAAAGCGCGUCCGAUCACCCAUCAGGACCAAAACCUAUUGAAAACUUAUUGCUGCGCCUCUGUUCACUGUUAACGCUUUGCUACGUUGUUUCCGCGCUCAUGUAAGGUAACCUGCUUGUGUCUUCUUUCCCUUCAGACUGAAGCAAAAGGAAAAAAAAAAGAAGAGUUAAAAAUGUCUUCCGUGCGCUUCCGACGGUCAACAAUCACUUCCCUCCUAUUUUUCUGUGCACGACCGAAAAAUACCGGCUGCAAAAGUAUAUCCCGUGGUUGCGACAGUUGGUGUUGCAUUUGGCAUUUCACCCCGGAAGAUGGAGAGGAAAGCGAAUCUGACACCCCCGAAUUCCAUAACGUUCCUCCCCACUCAUCCCUCCACUUCAACUCGAGGAAAUGGAUAGCAGCGCCGCCCCUUGACAGAAGUGGUCACUGCUCUUUAUUGCCCAUCCACGGCCAUCUUUGAGAAGCGUGCUGUUGUUUUUGGGCCGAGGGGCGGCGCUGUGCUCAACCCUGUUGAGUGGAGAGAGAGAGAGAGAGCUUCGAGUGAAGGAUUGUUUGAGAACCCGAGGAAAAGAGUUUCCAGAUGGCGCCUAAGGUUCAAAAUACGACCCGGGUGUCCGGCGCCACUGUCACCUUAUACUGCACGAGCCCGUAUCUAUUCAUACAGCCGGUCACUCCGCUAAAGCGUGCAGGAUGCCUGACCGAAUGCACCGAUGGAGCAGUAGGGCACAAAGAACACGGCGGGAAAUAUACGAGCGUAUUCUCGGAGGCGAUAGUUUUCUGCGUGUGCACUUCAGAGCGAAUAUUGGAGCCGAGAGUCGCAAGCAACGUGCGAACUCUCGGUAUCAAAGUGGAGACCGCGGCCAACUUUAGCGAGCAGAGUAGAAGUUGCGCGAGCGAAAGUACUGCUUCUUUAUUUUGUAAAACACGCUCAUAUGUUUUACAAUAGAGAGCUUAUUUGAGACCUCAGAGUCGGGAACCGAGCGUCAGCAGGCGCGCCUCGGUGGUCAUACCUGCUUGGGUGUAAAUGCUUUCUGUACAUUGUAAAUUUGACCGUGUAAGCACUGCCGGUAAGUGUUGUCAUUAUAAAUACUGUAUCGGCGAGGUGAUAAAUGGAAACAAACGCACGUUGACUGUUUUGAUUGCUUAAAAAAACACAAUAAUGUACACGACGAAAGGACCAGAAGUACCACGCAGUGGCGAUACGAAAUAUUGCCGUUCAAAUGAAUUUGUUAACGCGUUUUCAUUUCAGCCUUCCUUUCUUUUUCUUUCUGCCGCUCCUGUUGCUGUUGCUAUUUUUUGUGCAAGACGUUGUAAAGAAAGACACUGGUUGGAGAAAACAGAGUUACCAGAAGCAAGGACUGGUACUAUUUUUGUUGCCCACUUUUACAGGCGAAAAAAAAAAAAUACCGUGGCUGUGCGCCACUUUUUUUUCCCUCCUCAGAAUCAUCGUGUGCUUAUGAGGCCAGCAGAAAAAUAGAAAAGAAAGCGCCGCAAGUGCACAGCAAUGUACCGCAAAUUAUGCUAUCACCUUGUGUUCUAAUGGUGUAAUAAAGCGUCAUACAACA